AUGGCUCGUAAGGCGCGCCAGAGGAUCAGCUAUGUGCUGCCUCUUACCAACUCGGCCGGUGGCCACCGUCUCGGCGUGAAUGGCCUCGCCGUAGACAGCGACAACUCGAUCCUCUACUCCGGAGGACGCGAUGGAGUCAUCUGCGCGUGGGACCUCAACUUCGAGGUGCAGCACAAGUCGGACCAGAUCACGGCCAUAGACGCGAAGCCUCCACCCUCACCCGCCUCGACCCUGCACAACCAAGUACAAGCGCAUACCCACUGGAUCAGCGACCUGAUCCUCGCCCAGUCCAACCAGGCUCUGGUGUCGGCCUCGUCAGACAUCAGCGUCAAAGUAUGGCGUCCCGCUGCCACCGACUCGAUGCCUCCUCAGACCAUCGGUCUGCACAGCGACUACGUCAAGGUACUGGCCUCUCCCUCGUCGGACGCAUCGUGGGUGGCCAGUGGAGGUCUCGACCGCCAUAUUCGUCUCUGGGACCUGAACGGUGCAGGGCAGACACUCAGCAUCGACGUCAGCGACGACGAGAGCUUGGCCGGGCUGAGCAAAGAGAAGGCCAGCGUGUAUGCUCUGCAGGCCACACACUCGAUUCUGGCCAGCGGAGGCCCAGACAGCAAUGUGCGCAUCUGGGACCCGCGGUCGGGCAAGCGCAUCACAAAGUUCGUCGGCCACACAGACAUUGUCCGCGACAUCCUGAUCAGUCAAGAUGGCAGCACCGUCAUGUCGGCCUGUUCGGACCAGACGGUCAAGGUGUGGAGCGUUACUGCUGGCCGCUGUACAAACACCCUGACGAUGCAUGAUGCUAGUGUGUGGUCUCUGUGGUCCGACCAUCCAGACCUCUCCGUCUUCUACUCGUCAGACAAGAGCGGCAUGGUAGCAAAGACCGACACCAGAGGCUGCGGCCAAGAUCUGGAGGAAGGUCUGAGUGUGGCCAUCUGUCAGGAAGGCACCGCUGUUCACAAGCUCGCCGUAGCUGGUGAUUACAUCUGGACAGCCACUCCUCGCCCUACUAUCAACAGAUGGGCCGACGUCAACAUCGACGGUGCUGACAUUGAUCUGCCCGACACGUACAAACAGCAGCGCUUCAAUCUGGCUACCUCCCGUUCGAGAAUUCCCAGCCCGCCCGUCAACUCGUCCUCUGACCGCCUGGCCUCGCCAUCACAACCCACCUCUCCUUUUGCGCCGCCGCAACCCACUUCUCCCACCUCUCCUCUGCCGCCGUCCAGCAAGCGCCUCGUACCCUUGAAGCACGUGCUCAGGCUGAGCAACGCCGCAUACUUCCCCAGACCCGUUCCGCGAGAAAAUGGCUCAGAUGCUGAUCAGAACCAAGUCGAGCACACCCAGCCCCUCAGACACACCCCCGACUUUGCUAUCGAAGGACAGAAUGGCUUGGUCAAGCACAUCAUGCUCAACGACCGCAAGCGUGUCUUGACUCAAGACACGGCCGGUGACGUCUUGUUGUGGGAUCUGCUCAAGUGUGUGCCCAUCAAAUCGUUCGGCAAGAGGCAUCUCGAGGACGUCCAGCCCGAGGUUGCCACAGUCGAGACGGUGCCCAACUGGUGCUCUGUCGACACUCGAACUGGCACCUUGGCUAUCACUCUGGAAGAGCACACGGCCUUUGAUGCCGAGAUGUAUGCCGAUGAGCUUGACAUUGACCAACACAUCGACUUCAAGGAGGAUCAGCGCAUCAAUCUUGGCAAGUGGAUUCUUCGUUAUUUGUUCGCAAACCUGAUCAGCGAGGAGAUUUCGAGAGACUCGCAAUACAGAAGGCACCUGUUGGAGCAAGCACAGAAGCAAAAGUUGGAGCGUGAAAAUGCUCCUACCAGCAUCCAAAUGCCUCCUGGCCUAGCCGACGGUUGGAAAAUGGAUCCUUCUGCCCCUCUUUCGACCAACACCCUGAGACCAACCAACACGAACACCAUUGGCUUUGCAACCCCUGGUCUCUCGAUUGCCGAUACCGCUUCGUCUUAUGUUGGCUCUCCAAACUUGACACGAGACGCUCUCACCAACGAGGAAGAUGAACGCACACAAGACAGAUCAUCGAUAGGCGGUGACUACUUCUCCACCUCUACAACUGCAAACUCGACCAAUCACAACAGCGAGUCCAAGCUGGUACCUCAGACUCCCACCGAAUCUGCUGCCACGCCGGGUCUCGAGGAUGCAUCGACGACCGAAGCCAAUGACACGCCUUCGAAGUUCGGCAAGCGUCUCCGUAUGAACAUGUCAUUCAACAUGAAGAAGCUGGGUAAAGCUCCUACGAACGACAAGGAGAAGCCUGCCGUCGUUGAGGAGACCAAAGAAGAGGCUGAAGCCGAGGCAGACAACCAAAGCUCAUCUGACAAUAGCAACUCUCGUAUAGUCGAUGAGAACUUCCUCGGUUGCAUUCAGAAGAUCCGCUUCGCCUAUGAAGACCAUUUGCAGGCACAAGUUCAACGCGCUACUGCUGUAGAUGCUGCUGGCGGUGCACUGGGCCAGUCCAAAGAGCUAGAGUUGCCAACCUCCAUCGUACCAUCUCUUCCAUCUGAGACGCCAGUGUUGAAGCCACCACCAAACACAACCAUCCUGAUCCAGGAGGAGCGACCAGAAGCCGGUGGUGUGGCUGAUCUGUUCGAGGGCAAGGUCAGCAGCACAGCCGAGAUGGCCGACCUAAUCGAAAAGGUCGCUCCCAUGUGGCUCGGCGAUGCUCUCUUACGGAACCAGAUUCCACUCAAAGAUCUCGUCAAGAUCAGUUUCGUGCUCGAGCCAUGGCAGAAUGUACUGCCUAGCAUUGCUGCAGACGGUAACAACAGACUCAACGCCAACCGUAUGCUGCGUGCCCGCAAGAUUCUGGGCUAUGUCGCCGAACGCAUCGAACCCGCUCAGGAUCCCGCUACCGCCAUGCCCCCGGAAGAAUAUCUCGAGCUCUACUGUAACAACCAGCUCGUACCGCCCAAGAUGACACUAGCGACCAUUCGUACGCAUAUCUGGAGAGGUGGCGGUGACGUCCUGCUGCAUUACAAGGCCAAUGGUAAGAAAAAGAUCUUGCACUCGGCCGAGAACUUUGCGACCGACGUGGAAGAUGCUGGUGAUGGUUCUGCCGCGGCCUAG